AUGAAGAUGGCAGCACGCUUUCGACAACACACAUGGCAUGCAAAACGCACCACAUCUGGGCUGUUCAAGUCCACUUCCUUGAAGUAUGCAGACAACAACAUUCCGAAAUUACACGAUGCAGCCCCAGUAGAUGACGUGCUUCGAUGGACAACUGGGCACCGUGUGAACGAUGCGAAACAAAAGGAUAUCACAGCAACUCUCACUCCGAUUCUGACAAUCCUGUUGAACUUAUGGUACGAAGCCGGCGUAUUUCCGGACGCAUUUCUCGAAGCAGAUAUUUUCUGUUUAAAAAAGUUAGGUGACACAUCAAACCCCCUGAAUUAUCGCCCGCUUGCAUUGCUCAAUUCUGACUACAAGAUAUUCACGAGACCCUUAGCUACGCGCGUCAGCAAUACACUUCCGGCACUUAUUCAUGAACAUCAAAAAGAGGCUCUUGCUCUGCUCCUAGACUUCCAAAAGGCGUACGAUUCUCUUGAACGCAAUUAUCUAAUUCGUUCACUAGUGGCGCAUGGAUAUCCUGCUCAGUUCAUUACAGUGGUCAAGGUGCUGCAUAACGGAACUAGAGUCCCUAUUGUUCAUACUUGCACUCGAUCCUUUUUAUCGACAGCUGGACCAUUCAACAGAACUAAAAGGAAUCCUGAUAGCUACUGCAGAUCAAAGCAUUGA